AUGAACGCAGGAAUAGCGUCCAACGGACCCUUUGGUUCUCCUUAUGCUUGUGUUUUUACCUCAUGUGCAAUAUACCAUACUCCUUUUCCGAUUCUGCGUCUCACCAAGGACGACAGUGAAGAAAGACCAAUUGUGACAGCAGUAAUGGGAGGUGGAUUAUCUUCUGAGGUUUCAAGCCUUAUUAAUCUUGAUUUUGGUAAUGAUCAAAGGUCGGCUUUUUCACAGCUAAUAGCUCAUGGUCAGCAGGUUACACUCCCUGCACAUCAGCUAUGCCUUGGUUUAACUUCUGAUAUUUCGCAUUCUCUGUGUUGCACAAAUCUGGCUGAAAGGAUGAGUAACUCUAUUGCGAUUAAGUGUUCUGCCUUUAUUUUUAAAUUUGAAAAUAGCGAAUCACCGAAAAUUAUUGGCAUUAUAAAAAAUUCUCUUAGCUGUGCUUUUCACCGUGAUGGAUUAUGGUGUUUAUCACAACCAGAGCAAGAAUUUGAGGGUUGUGUUUCAUAUAUUUCUCUAAAUAAUAUUUCUGGUUUUAGAGGACACAAAUUGAGUGAGAAUAUUAGUUCUGAUUAUUCUAGAAAUGUAGUUUCCCCUAUUUCCGUAGAGGCUGUAAAAUAUGAUGUUGCUAGUAUUUUCACGGAACAAGGGGUUAUGAUUUGUGAUUUGAGGGUGAAAGAUCUUCAAUGGGUUUAUAGAAUGACAGAUCAACUUGUUUCUGGUGCAGUAUGCUGUGGAGGAGAAAAAAUUGUGCUUUCCUCGGAGAGAGACAGAGCUAUGGUGAUUGAUGUUAGAAUGGCGCAACAUGUGUUGUAUGAAGCCAAUUUGUCAUUCCCUGUUGCAUGGCGAUCAUCUAGAGAAGGGGAUGUGGCAAUCGCCAUUUCUCGCCGUCAGGUGGGUAUAUUAAAUGUUGAGAAAUUGGAAUUUUGGGGGGCUUUUGAAAGCUCUGGAGGUGUUCUCGAUGCAACGAUUAUAAGAGAAGAUAAACAUUCCGUACGAGUUUUGUCCUCCUCUGCCGAUGGAUGUCUUGAAGACUGGUCAAUAGAGUUUUAA